CGCACUUUUCAUUAUUUCGGUUUCGAUUUCCAUCAAAAUUUGUAUGUUGGUGUUGUGUUUCUAUGGUUUAUUUUUGUAAGAAUUCAAAGGAGGAAGGGCGGAUAAUAUUGAAUUUAUCCUUUUAUUUCUGGUGUGUAGUUAAUUAAAACAAGCUAAACCGACGUAUUUCAGAUACUUGCUUUUCCAAACAUCUUUGCUGACCCCAGGAGCCAGAAAUUAUAGUUUUUUUUAACAUGAUAAGAAGGGUCUGUUGAUGGUUUAUUACAUGUUUCUUGUUUUCAUUUUAGACGUGUGCCAGUGGCUUAUUUUUGUUUAAUUAUCAUUAAAUGGCAUGUGCCUUUUGUAUUUUUAUUAUUUUACCACUAACAAACUAAACUUGGCAUGAUGACAGUCAAUUUUAAUGAUUAUUUUUGGGGUGAAAAAAACAAUGGAUUCGAUGUCCUAUACCAUAACAUGAAAUUUGGACUAAAUGCCAGUAAAGAUUUCGCAGAGUUCCUCAGAGAAAGGUCGAGCAUAGAAGAGAACAACUCAAAACUUUUAACAAAAUUAGCUAAGCAAGCGGGCAGUUGCUGUUCCCAAGGAACUUUUGCUCCACUAUGGCAGGUCGUGAAAGCCUCUGCAGAAAAAUUGGCAAAUUUGCAUUUCCAAACAAUGCAAAAACUGAGUGAACUUGUAAAAGAGGUUGGGAAGUAUGCGGAGGAACUGCAUAAAAAACAUAAGUCUGUAAAAGAAGAGGAGUCUGGGACAUUAGAAGUAGUACAAGCCAUGCAAAAUAUAACAAUAAACGUACAAAAAGCCAAAGAUGUGUAUAAUCAAAGAAACGCGGAAUAUGAACGAUUAAAAAAAGAAAAUGCUUCUGUCAAAGACUUGGAAAAAAGCGAGCAGAAACUCAAACGUGCCCAAGAAGAUUACAAGACAUUCAUAGACAAAUACUCAACGAUCAAAGAAGAAUUUGAAAAACGCAUGUCUUUAAGUGUAAAAAACUUCCAAGAUCUAGAAAUCAGCCACUUGAUCAGCAUGAAACAGUUUUUAAACUGUUUUGCCGACGUUGUCGAGUGGGCACAUGGAGAAACUGGGAAAGUUCAUAAAGAGUUUAGGCAGCAGUGUGCCGAACUAACGAUUGAUCAAUUAUUAGAACAGUUUGUUAAAAAUAAAUCAACUGGACUAGAAAAACCUGGAAUUUUAGAUCUGGAAGAGCCCAUCGCAUCACCAAAAUUAACAGAACCAGGUGACACCAGCAGUCGUUCCUCGAAGAGAGAAGGUAACAGUCCUAGCAAUUCAACAGUGCCAACACAAGCCAAUAAACCUUCCCGCAGAACAACUUCCUUAUUAAAUCUCUUCAUGUCUAAUUCUCAGGGUACGCGGGAGAGCCGGCCGGGGCCCUGCAGUGCCCCUUCGAGUCCCACCAGUCCAGAAGGGGAACAAUUGACUCGACACUCCCAACGUGGAUCUAAAUGGUUCCUGCGCAGCCGCAGAGACAAAGGGAAGAAGAAAAAGUCUACUAAGAAGCAGCAGGGUAGCGUCGAUAAUCAGAGUAACAAGGAGGAAAAAUCGGAUUUGGAGGAGAAGGACGACUCUCAAAAGAGCGACAGCGUUGCCGCGCCUGUUAGUGCCCCAGCUAGUCAGGAAGUUGACGAUGAUGGAUACGUUAUAAGACCUGCAGACACCAACACUUGGAAUGAGAAGAGCAACUUUUAUUCUUCUUCAGAAUCUGAUUCUGACGAGGAAAGAGAAGUGAAACUUCAUGUAGAAAUAAAACCACUAAACAACGGUUCUACGCCAAUGUCGGCCUCCGUAGAUGAACUACGUGCCACGGUGGAAAACAUUUAUUUAUCACCGACAGGCGGUUUUGGUCGUAGAGGAUCGAAUCUGGAUUGCGACAUAUCCAUGAAACGAUCCCAGUCGGUUUCUCAGCAGAUUGGUAAACCCAGUAGCGAUCUGUUAGGCCUUAAUUUUGUUCAGAGCCCCACCGCUUCAAACGCUUCUACACCCACUAGUUCCCAUCCAUACGCGCCGUUACAGAGUCCUUCCCAAUUAGCUUUGAAUUCACCGACUUUAUCUGUUGGUUCUAAAUAUGCAGAACUGGGAGACAUAUUUUCGGAAGAGAGUGAACUUCAGGCUUCCGGGGGCAAGCAGACGAGUAGACAAACUCCCACCCCUUCGUCAGGAUACAUGUCGAUUCCACGACCACCUACACGAAGAUCUGAUGCUAACAAAAGCUUCAUUCAACCGAGCAUUUCCAGAGCUGAUAGUGUUAAUAGUCUAGAGUUUCGUACUGCAUGUGUACCAGUGGGGGUGUCUAGAGGUCCGUCACCUUUGACUAUUGGCAUGGCAGAUACAAUUCCUUUGGCAGUCGCUUUUCAUGAAAUAGUUCACUCAUAUUUUAAAGGAGCAGAUGAAUCAAGGUGCCAAGUGAAAAUGUCAGGAGAAAUGAUGCUGUCAUUCCCAGCUGGUAUAGUGACAAUACUUGCAAAUAACCCCAAUCCGGCCAAGUUGGUUUUCCGAGUGAAAAACACCAAGAAUCUCUCAACAGUUUUGCCUAAUGAGAAGCUGGUUUCUAUUGAAUCAAGUUCCUCAUCGGACUUUCUCACUGUCGAAUUUAAGAUGUCUUCAUUAAGCUCCUUGCUAAAAAAGCAGUCUGAACAAAACCCCAACGCCUCAUACUUUAACGUUGAUAUUUUGAAAUACCAAAUUAAGCCAAAGCCUGGUGCAAACUCUUGCCCACUGCAGCUGGUCGGUUAUUGGAAACACACAAAAUCUCAUGUCGAUCUUAAAAUAGAUUACAAGUACAACUUGCACGCUAUGAGCUCAGCUACUCCCUUACUGAAUGUAGCAGUAUCAGUACCAGUAGAUGGCAUUGUCAAGACUAUGCAAUCCAAACCCCAAGCCCAAUGGCCGGUUGAAAAUAAUCGAAUAUUAUGGAAAUACACUGAGCUGUCUCAACACUCAGAAAAUAACGGGGUCGGUUCGAUGUUGGCCCGAUACGACGUGGAUAAUUCAUCAGGAACCCCAUCAACGAUUAGCGCUCAGUUUAAUUGCGAGGGGACAACCUUGUCUGGUAUUGAUUUUCAACUAAUCGGUUCAGGUUACCGCUUGUCCUUGGUUAAACGGCGUUUCGUUUCGGGGAAAUAUAUUUGCGACGCCGCUACACCGAAUACAGGAGCGUAAAGUUCACACACAGUUAACAUUCCUAUUGUUAUAUAACAGUUUAUUCGCAUUAUUCUCUUUUAUUUAUUGGGGCAAUGCAGUGGUUUUUACUUGGGGCAUGACUGGAAAAAUGUUAGGCUAUGGGCAAAACAAGGUUAAUUUAUGCAAAUUCUAGAAGAAUAUACACGACACGGUUUAUUUUUUAAAGGGUUAUGACUGUUCAUAUGUUUACUCCUAAAAUAUUCGCUACAUUCCUGAUUGUUCGUGAAAUGCACAAAAAAUAAUUGACCAAAGUCUUGGUGACAGUAUUUAGUUUAUUUUUAUAAUCAGCAUAAGAAUUUUUUGUUUUAUUUUCGGCUGAACGAUGCUUUUUCUUCAGGUAAAAGGCCAACUGUGUUGCACAUUAAAUUGCUCUUAUGCCAUAUACACAAAUAUUUAAUUUACAUAAAAUUCUUGUUUAUGAGAGUCAAAAAGUGUUCAUUUCCCGUCGAAUACCAAAUAAAACUGCUAAAAAGUAUGUUUAGUAAUAUGGCAUAAAACCUGUAAUUGUUAUGUAAAAAUUAUAUAGUUUAUGAGCUAUUUUAUAAAUAAAUAAUUAGCAAGUA